AUGGAUCCAACGACGAAUCCAGCAUUGCAGCUCGUCGACUCGCACAUCUCCUCGGCUAAUGCUACGAGUGGAGGGCAUGCAAAUGGUGGAUAUGAAUACCAGCAACUUGACCAAAAGCAUGCCGUGGAGCACUCAAGCGGUGCAAAUGAGAAGCAACAAGCAACGCAGCGCCUCGAGCCGCUAGAGCUCGAACAACAGCAACCACCAGCACCUCCCACCGACGCAGACGACUUCCCCGGCGACCGCGGCGCUCUCCCCGCUUCCAUCGUCCUCCUCGGCGCCUUCCUCACGCUCUUUCCCUCUUUCGGCUUCAUGGUCAGCAUCGGCACUCUGCAGGACUAUUGGCAGUACCACCAGCUCGCCGACUACUCGAGUCGGGAUAUUGGCUGGAUACCGUCUGUGUUUGUUUACCUUGCCCUCAGCCUAGGCAUCUGCGUUGGGCCGUUGUUCGACAUGUACGGUCCCAGGUGGCUGUUGGGCGUGGGCAGUGUGGCGUAUGUGAUCAUGACGUUCUUGCUGGCGGAGUGUAGUGAGUACUGGCAGUUUCUGCUGUGUUUGGGGUUUCUGGGCGGGCCAGCUGGGGCGGCUCUUACGACGACGAGUAUGGCGUGCGUGAGUCAUUGGUUUCGAGUGAGAAGAGGUCUAGCGGCGGGGUUGGCGAUGGUGGGGUCGAGUUUCGGUGGCGUGGUGAUCCCGCUGGUGCUGCGGGCUACGCUGCCGAAGUAUGGGUAUGCGUGGUCAAUGAGGAUUCUGGGUUUCGUCUUUCUCGUCUGCUUGGCUCUCGGAAAUGUCCUGAUGAAGGCACGUCUACCACCGAGUCCAGAUGCGAAGAAGCAGCGGAUCUUCUCGUUGGCGCUGUUCGGGGAUCCGGCGUUUUGCUUUCUCACGGCGAGCGUCUUUGGCAUCGAGAUCGUGCUGUUUGGGGCAUUGGGGAUCCUACCAACGUAUGCGAGCAUGGGGACGGAUUACCCGCCGGAGACAGGCUUUUACCUGAUCGCAGUCAUGAAUGGGGUGAGCUGUCUGGGACGGAUCAUUCCGGGCUUUGUCAGUGAUGUGGUGGGGAGGUUCAAUGUGUUUGGGACCAUGAUGGUGGUCACGUUGGUGAUCAUGCUUGUGAUAUGGUUGCCGUUCGGGCAUACGAGCUUGGCGGCGCUGUAUAUCUUUGUGGCCAUCUUCGGAUUUGGGACCGGAUCGUGGAUGGCUAUGACGCCGGCGUGUCUGGGUCAAUUAUGUGGCGCAGAGCACUUUGGGCGGUACUACGGGACAUGCUACUUCAUUGCAAGUCUGUCGACGCUGAUCUGUAUUCCGAUCUCAGGCGAGCUCGUGCAGAGAGUUGGGCCGCAGCCGAUGGUGGGAUUCAUGUGUGCUGUGUUGGCGGCGAGUAUUGGGACGUUCACGGUCAGUCGAUGGGCAUGCCUGGGUUGGAGGUGGAAGUGGAUGGCGAAAAUUUAA